CGGUCAUUUCUAACCAUCUUCGAACCAGUACUCCAGCUGUAUCAGACAGAGCAAGAUCGUCAAAAUGUUCAAAUACCUGCUUCUGGUUGCGGUUCUUCCCGUUGUAAUGCUGCAGAAUGCCGACAAUAUUGACUUCUCCGGCUGGAAUGUGGUACCCGUUCGCCCGUGCGGUGGUGUUCGACCUCUUCCCAGCAUUGUUCGUAUCGAGAACUGCCCUUCGAUGCCCUGUGAGAUGGUCCGCGGAACCGACGUCAAUAUGGCCAUGGAUUUCACUGCUGUUCAGGACGUAACCACGCUUCGCACGCAGGUGUUGGCCACCGCGCUGGGUAUCACCGCACCUUACGAGCUUCCGGCAGACCGUGCUGCCGCCUGCAACUGGCUGGUCCAGUCUCGCUGCCCGCUGUCGCCCGGCGAAGACCUGAUCUACCACCUGAGCAUGCCGAUCACUGCCAUCUAUCCGUUGGUUAGUGUUACCAUCGAAAUUGACGUCGUGGAUCAGUCCGGCCAGUCUCAUGGAUGUUUCGUUGUCGAUACCCGAGUGGUGGCUAACUAAGGCAUUUUGGGUAGGAUUCACACCGUUUGUUUGAAGGUCUCAAAAUUUCGCUUAGACCUUAGGUGAGUGACUACUGGUUUGGCGCACAUCGAAUGUUAAGAGGGUUGAUUUUUGAUAUAUUUUUCCAUUACUGUUCGGAAAGUUUUUAACGAAACUGUGAUUUUUAACAAAAUUUAUCUCCUAUGUAGUUUGAUAACUUUUGCAAUAAAAUUCUAUGAAUUCUAUGAAA